AUGGCUGGAGAAAUGAGCAAGAUACUGAUUAUUGGGGGCACAGGGUAUCUUGACCAGUACAUGGUGAAGGCAAGCGUUUCUUUGGGGCAUUCAACCUAUGCUUAUGUCCGACCAAUCAAACCCACCAGUACUGAUUCUUCAAAGCUUCAGUUGCACAACGAGUUUGAAGCCAUCGGACUCACUCUCUUUCAAGGUGAACUGGAUGAUCAUGAAAAACUAGUGGGGGCAUUUAAACAAGUUGACAUUGUAAUUUCGACUCUGGCUGUUCCUCAACAUCUUGAACAGCUCAAAAUAAUCAAGGCUAUCAAAGAAGCUGGGAAUAUAAAGAGAUUUAUUCCCUCAGAAUUUGGAAACGAGGAAGACAGAGCAAGCGGCCUACCACCUUUCGAGGCUAUGCUUGUCAAUAAAAGGAAGAUUAGAAGAGCAACGGAAGCAGCAGGAAUUUCAUACACUUUUGUGUCUGCAAACAGCUUUGCUUCUUACUUUGUUGAUUAUCUACUUCAUCCUCAUGAGAACCGAGAUGAAGUCAUCGUUUAUGGCAGUGGUGAAGCCAAGGCCGUGUUCAACUAUGAGAAAGAUGUAGCCGCUUACACCAUAAGAGCAGCAACAGAUCCGAGGGCAGCCAACCGGAUCUUGAUUUGUAGACCGCAAGGAAACAUUAUAUCUCAGUUGGAGUUGAUAUCAGCAUGGGAGGAAAAGACAGGACGCACUCUUAAAAGGAUCCAUGUCCCAGAACAAGAAAUUAUAGAGCUCUCUAAAACACUUCCUCACCCAGACAAUGGACGUGCAUCGAUCCUUCACAACAUACUCAUCAAAGGGGAACAGAUGAACUUUGAACUCACAGACAAUGACCUUGAGGCUUCCAAGUUAUAUCUUGAUCACAAGUACACUUCCAUCGAUAGCUUUCUUGACAUUUGCUUGGUUGAUCCUUCCAAGAUCAAAUUAGCAUCGCUUCAGUGGGUCCCCUUCUUCUUGUGGGUGACAAUGAAUAGAGGGCACGCCAGAGGAGGGGUUGAAUUGAUGACGGGUUUCUCAGAAAAAGCCAUGGCUGCAUUUUUGCUUUUGAAUCAACGAUUGAUUGAUGAUGGAAGGAAGAUUAGAAGAGCUACAGAGGCAGCGGGAAUUUCAUACACUUACGCAUCUGCAAACAGUUUCGCUUCUUACUUUGUCGAUUUUUUACUUCAUCCACAUGAGAAACGCAAGGAAGUAACUGUUUAUGGCAGUGGUGAAGCCAAAGCUGUGUUAAACUACAAGCAAGAUGUGGCCGCUUACACCAUAAGAGCAGCAACAGAUCCGAGGGCAGCCAACCAGAUCAUGAUUUAUAGACAGCAAGAAAACAUUGCAUCUCAGUUGGAGUUGACAUCAGCAUGGGAGAAAAAGACAGGAUGCACCCUGAAAAGGAUACAUGUCCAAGAACAAGAAAUUUAAGAGAGUAUGACCCUAAUCUCCUAACUUUCUUCCUAACAUAUCGUUAAAGACAUUUUCAUCAAAGGGGAACGGAUGAACUUUGAACUCACAGACAAUGACCUUGAAGCCUCCAAAUUAUAUCCCAAUUACAGGUACACUUCUACUGAUAACUACCUUGACAUUUGCUUGGUCGAUCCUCCCCGACAUCAAAUUAGCAGCAUUGUAACAAGUUUUUAUGCAUUUGGUGCAAGAAUUGAUAUUGGCGUUAUUGCUGUAAGGAUUGAUAUUGGCUUUAAUGCUGUUUGUAAUAAUUUUUUGAAAAAGGCUAAGAAUAACUACGUAUACAUGUAA